GCUACAGGGGUGAUUCACAAGUAUUUUAAAUUGAGGCUCCAGUUUAUUUUUAUUCUAUUCGAACCCGAUCGGUCUGCUCACAACACCUGAGCCAUUCUCCGGAAGAGAACUUCAAAUCCCACAAUUCCUAUUUCCGCAACCCAGCGGGAUAUGUUGACUGGCAAGAAGUACUUUCGUCUCGUCCCUGCUUGUUAGCUAGUUGCGGUAAAUGUGACGAUCGAGUUGUUGAGCACAAUGACUAAAUGCAGACAGCUCCGGAAAUGAAAGGUGUGUGUACCUGCGAUAAGUAGCAGUGAUGGAUGGAGAAGCCCACAGGACGACUGCGUCAUGGGAGAAUGGUACCCUGGCUCCUGUGGACCGCCUUCGCUCGGAGAGGGCAGACAGCCCUACGCCAGGUCUGGUGGAGGGAACUGAACCAGGUGCCGGUCAGAAGAGUGCCAUGUUUGUCCAUGCACAGUCUUUCGAGGAUCUGACUGCUGAGGCUGACGAAGAGGUUGGAAGGAAGGCUGAAUUGGCCCAAACAGAAGAGAGUGCAGAAGAACUGAAGGUCCUCGUGGCAGAGCAAACCAUAGAGGAGCAGCACAACAGUGAAAUUUCAUCAGAGAGUAGGACUAAGGAGGAAGACGUAUCUAGUGAGACAUGGAGGAGCCACAGAAAGCAUGUGUUUGUGUUGAGUGAGGCUGGAAAGCCGAUCUACAGUCGUUAUGGCACAGAGGAGGCUCUGUCCAGCACCAUGGGAGUGAUGAUGGCGCUUGUAUCCUUCGUUGAGGCUGAUAAGAACAUCAUUCGCUCCAUCCAUGCAGAUGGCUGUAAAGUGGUUUUCCUCGCCAAGAGCCCUCUGGUCCUGGUGGGCGUGUCUCGAACUUGCCAGUCAGAUAAGGAACUGCUGCGGGAGCUGCAGUACAUCUACUACCAGAUCGUCAGUCUGCUUACUCUCACCCAGCUCAACCACAUCUUCCAGCAUAAGCAGAACUACGACCUGCGUCGCCUGCUGGCCGGCUCCGAAUAUCUCACUGACAACCUGCUGCAUCUGCUCGACCGAGACCCCGGUCUACUGCUUAGCGCUGUCACAUGUCUUCCUCUGGCCAGCUCCGCCAGGGACGUGGUCUCGUCGAGCCUGCAGUUUGCCAAAUCCAAAAACCUGGUGUUCUCCAUCCUGCUGGCGGGGAACCGCCUGGUGACUCUGGUGAGAAAAAGGGACCAGUUCCUGCACCACAUAGACUUGCACCUGGUCUUCAACCUCGUCGGCUCCUCCUCAUCCUUUCGAGAAGGUGAAGGCUGGACGCCGAUCUGUCUGCCGAAGUUCAACACUGCUGGAUUUUUCCAUGCUCACAUUUCUUACCUGGAGCCUGCGUCCGAGCUCUGCCUCAUCCUGGUCUCGACUGACCGAGAGGACUUUUUUAACAUGUCUGAAUGCAAAAAACGGUUCCUGGAGAGGCUGAGCAAGCGCAGUGCCUACCAGGCCCUUAAGGAGGCACUUAAAUGCCCCAGCUAUUCUGUGGAGCAGGUCGGCAUCCCAGAACUUAGGCACUUCCUGUACAAAUCAAAGAGCUCAGGGCUGUACACCAGUCCAGAGUUUCCUCUCGUGUACCAAUCUGACAAAGAGCAGGAAAGGCUGAUGGGACUGUACCAGGACCUUCACAGCCACUUACAUCAUCCAACAAGACCUCUGCGCUCCUUCUACCGCUGUAGUGAAACUGAAAACCUGCUGGCAUGGGUGACGAGUGGCUUCGAGCUCUACCUCUGCUUCAGUCCACUGGGGACCAAGGCCCUGGCUGUCUCUGCUGUCACCAAACUGCUGAAGUGGAUCAGGAAGGAGGAGGAUCGCCUCUUCAUCCUGAGUCCUCUCACAUACUGAACCCUCGCUGCCGGCUGGCCUGAUGAAACAAAAGUGUCACCCAGAAUGCAGACGGGUCUGGUGCUAACAACAGCUGAUGAAUUAGUCGGUUAAGUUUUAAAAGUAAUUGCCAAAACCAUGCUUUUUCUUGCUUCUGGGUCCCUCAUCUCUGAUUCACAGCUUUGUGAUAAAGUAGACCGCGUAAGGAGGGACAACUAAAAUUGUGUUUUAUCUGGCUAGAUUUUUAUAACUUUAGAUUUGGAUUAACAGACGGACGCAACAACAACAACAACAGCAUCACAACAACAACAUAAACGGUAGUGUUUGUAUGCUGUUGAAGUUGUUCCAUAAAUGAUUGUUUUACUGUAACAUAUCUGUUAUGCCUUUCAGAAUAUGAAAAAAUGCCAUUUUUACAUGCUAUCAGCACAGUUCUUAAAAAUCAAGAAUAAAAUUUGAAUCUUAAAAACUGGAAUUUUUUGAGUACCUGCAUUUGAAUGUAAUGUAAUAUUGUCAAAAUAUGGGUGAACCACAUUCCUUUCUCUUUACAUGAUGACCAACAACUGUAAGAGCCAUUUUCAUUUUACCUUUAUGCACUUUCAGUAUGUAAAAGGCAAUCCAAGAGUGUGUAACCUGUUGACUGCUGUCAUUUGAUUGUGUUAACAUGCAUUGUUAAUGUCAUUGUAAAGGAAUCUAAAUGUAAGUUUAACCACUAAUCUUCCAAUGUUUAUCAGGCUUUUCUUAUUAGAUUUCGUUAGCCAUAAUAUGCAUAAUAAACAUAGCUAUUUGUGUGGCAUUUCAGCAGUGUUUCAUAGGAUCCUGCUUUGCUUAAGGAAUCCAUCGUUGCCACAUCUGCCUCCUCUAAUCAUGCCUUAACUAAGAGUCACUGUGCAAAGCCAAUAGGUUGCAACAGUGCAGAUUGAUGGCUGCUGCACCUUUCCACAGUUAUAUGGAAAUAAAUAAAUAAAUAUCUAGAAAUAAAAGAGACUCCUUAUCAA